AUCUAGGCGCGCAUUUCUAGCGUCUUCGCGAUCGGCAAUCCAGGGUUCUUGCGAUCAGAGCGGCGGCAGCAGCAGCGAUUGGCAAUGGCGUGCAGGAUUUCUGUGAUUUCCAGGCAUAUUUCUUCGCCGCCGCUGGAACACCUCGACGAUCUGGGGGUUCGUGUUGCGCCUGAGGUUCGAUCGGCUCUUUCCAGUGGCGUCGGUGUGGUUGCACUGGAAUCGACCAUUGUAUCGCAUGGAAUGCCUUACCCGCAAAACUUCCAUACAGCUCAAGAGGUUGAAUCCAUUGUGAGAGCGAAUGGGGCCGUGCCGGCAACCAUAGCCAUCUUAGACGGUGUCCCAUGCAUUGGCUUGAGCUUGGCGGAGCUCGAACGGCUUGCGAAGCUUGGUACCAUGGUUUCAAAGACCGCUAGGCGCGACAUUCCUUACGUCAUUGCUCGUCGGGGAAACGGAGCAACCACUGUUUCAGCAACAAUGUUUUUCGCUUCAAAGGCGGGAAUCAAAGUGUUCGUAACUGGAGGUAUUGGAGGAGUUCAUCGACAGGGCGAGUCAACUAUGGACGUGUCCUCGGACUUGACAGAACUGGGUAAAACUCCAGUUGCGGUGGUUUGUGCAGGGGUAAAAUCAAUCCUUGACAUUCCACGAACACUCGAAUACCUGGAAACUCAAGGAGUGACGGUUGUUAGCUACUCAACUGAUGAAUUUCCUGCAUUUUUUACUCCUAACAGUGGCUGCAAAGCACCUUGCCGAGCAGACAGCGUGGAGGAAUGCGCAGACAUCAUAGAGGCAAACACGAAGCUUGGAUUGGGUUCAGGCAUUUUGAUCGGGGUUCCAAUACCCGCAGAGCAUGCAGCAGCAGCUAAGAACGUGGAAUCGGCCAUACAAUCGGCAUUGCAUGAAGCAGAGAGCAGAGGUAUUGCCGGUAAUUCUGUGACGCCAUUCUUGCUCAAGCGCGUCAACGAGCUCACUGGAGGCGAUUCAUUGGCUGCAAAUAUCCAGCUCGUGAAGAAUAAUGCACUCGUUGGUGCGAAGAUUGCAACGGCUCUGACAACAAGGCUGAGUCGCUUCACUAAAUCGUCUUGACACUCGGCCCCGAUUGGUGUAAAUGCCAUCCACAAAACGCGUACGUGAGAACACUGUUUCUUUUUCCCAUCUGUUGGGUUCGCCACUCUUUGCCUGUUUCUUUAUUUCUGUGCUUUCAACAGAUUAUACUUCCCGCGGCAUGUCGCUGGGUAGUGGCAACGGACAAAACAUCACAGCUGUUAAUGCCAGACACGGAAAAACUAAA